AUGAGUCCCGGCGAUGAGUUGCCCGCGCGCAAUUCACCUUCCCAUGACCCAAAAACAACUUCAACACAUUCAAUUUCACUUCAAGGAAGAGCGAAGAUGUUCCAUCCCGUUCCAGAGACGCUCUUCAAUCAUUGUCGACGUCAAUGGUCGGGUAGCAUGGCCAGGUUUCAAAAGUAUCGUGAAGCUAGUGAUGCUAAUAGUAUACCGGGAGCUGUUGAAAUUCCUGUCCCCGCCAUGAAGAUAGUCGCAAGAACACCCCGAUCGACCGAAUCAAAUGUUGGGACCGGCACAAAUUUAUCUGAUUACGAUGUGUCCUUUUCAAUGGGAUCAGAUACCGGAGUACUCAAGAAAAGUAUAGAUGCGAUGACAGAAUUCAUUUGCGACUACGCUAAUCGUUGGCAUUCUAAUCUCCCAUCUAGUGAUCCAAGCAGAGAAACACCUAAUAGACAUCUUCCUGGGACUGUUCCCAUGUUUGCCUACUGGUCCACUCACUUCCACGAAGUCAUGGAGCAAGGACCAAAGCAUGCUGCGGCGGAAUUAACCAAGAGAUUUUCACGAGAAGAAUUUUGGCAGUUGCGCUACAUUUUCUUCCUUAUUCAGACUGGUGCAGAAGAGCGCGGUCAUUAUGGACAUGUAGCUGUCUGUGCUAUCUCUCCAGAAGCCAAGACGAUUGAUUAUCUCUGUAGCGCCGGCGAUGACGGUCUCGUUCGCGGCGAUGGUGCUAAAUGUGUUGAAAAUUUCCUUGCUAUGCUUACAAUAUAUCUUGGAGACGAGCCACCACUUAGUCAAAGAUUUAAUCCAUGCGAUUGGAAACUCCGAACACGCCGAAGCGAGUUGCAAGAAGUGGAUAAACCAGACUGCGCCAUAUUCGCAAUAUGUAACAUCAUGUGCCUUGCUUUUGGAUGGGAGUUAUCUUAUGGUGCAAGACGCGGACACGAAAUGAAGAACUGUCGAUUUCGUAUCUGCACUACUCUUCACUUUGGUGGCUUCAGAGGGUAUAACCCCGGUAAAGGUGCUGCCAACACAUUUUACUACCCUCUAACUACCCUCUCGCCCCCUAGCUCUCUAAUUGAUUGCUUUAUUGCGAUCCGCCAAUUCCCUGGGCUCAUGAUUGAGGAAACUCUCGCACCAGACGUCCGCCGUCGCUCACCAAUGUACUAUGGCUGUCCUAACAAGGAAACGCUAUAUGCACAUUGUGAUCGAAACAAACGGUUCUACCCAUACUACGACAGAAUCGGGAUCAGCGGACGUCUCGUCCCAUUUGCAAACUUCCUGGCUUGGGUCGAACGUUAUGAUCUCGCGAGAGAAAGGGAUGUAGCGCCGUACCCAAGACCAUAUCGUCCCGAUGGUUCCAACGGGAGCAAAAGAUGGAUUCCACCUGAUGCUCACUGGCCGACUGGAAGACUUUGGUAA